CAAAUAACCUGUCUUUCCCCUACACUUUUUUGCUCUGUUUCUAUUCUAGCAAUUGGCCCAUAUAUCCCCUCCACCGCAACGCCAACAAGCUUCAGUUUUCCACUGUGGCGACUUCUAUGAAUCCUUGAACACCCAACCCAAAUUUUUUGAAUAACCACCUUGAUACAAACACAAUUCUCUAAGAAGGGUCCUUAUUUCUAUUGUUUCCCACAAUUCGAUAAGCGACCAUGUCACUCUGGGGUAUACUUGGUAAAAGGGUGUUGGCGGAAUCGGCACGGAACCAUUUUGGCCAAGAGGACCCGUACUUCGAAGAGGUCCCGGCUUCACGCUUGAACCGCGCAAUCGGAAAAAAGACUCAGAAGCGACGAAAGGCCGCCCCGCCUGGACUGUCAGACAAUGACGCCAAAGUCCUCACGCAGGUCAAGCGCAGAGCAUACAGGCUGGAUUAUUGCCUUUUCAACCUGUGUGGGAUUCAAUUUGGUUGGAGCAGUGUAAUCGCACUGAUUCCUUUCAUCGGAGAUAUAGUCGAUACCUUGUUUGCCUUGAUGGUUGUGAAAUCUUGCGGCAAUAUUGAUGGAGGUUUGCCGAGCUCCCUUCAUGCGAAGAUGAUAUCCAACGUUAUUAUCGACUUCGUCAUCGGCCUCGUUCCAUUUGUGGGAGACCUUGCAGACGCGAUGUACAAGUGCAACUCACGUAACGCCAUUAUUCUGGAAAAGCAUCUGCGACAAAAGGGCAAGAAAAAUGGCAAGAAUCAGAGGGGCCAACAAGAUAUGAGCCUGCCCGAAGAAUGGGACAAAUACGAUAAUGGCACGACGGGUGAUUACCCAAACCAUGGAGACCAGGAAUACGGCACCGUUGAAACUCCUGCUAAACCUCAACGCGCGAGACAUCCACAGAGGAGCCGCUCGCAAGGUCGCUGGUUUGGUGGGUCUAAAAACAGGGAAGGCGAUAUCGAGCAUGGUGCUGCUUGAAUGACAAGGAUAUCUUGGCUAGAUGUAAACUAUUUCACGAACAUUUAUAUACUGAAACUUUUCAGAGGCGUCUGAUAGUUGUCUGUUUCCGUUUAUACCCCACGUUCACUAAUAUUGGAUUUUUAUAUAGAACUUGUCAUGAAAUGAAAUUUUAUCCAUUCAAACCAAACACAUGGCAAUAGCCAUACUUUUGACAACUCAUUUCAGUUAAUUUUCAGGAA